UGUGAACUCGUCAGUGCAGUUCAGAUGGAGAUCAUGGCGCAGCUGUACUGCUGGGGGGACAGCUCCAGUGGACAGUUCGGUCCAAAGGCAGCCCACAGUCCCGUGUCCUGGUCUGUCCGCGGUGUCAUCACCGACAUCUGCUGUGGGGAGCGACACAGUUUAUUCCUCACAAGAGAUGGGGACGUUUUAUCCUGUGGACAAAACUCACAGGGACAACUUGGACGAAAUAGUGAUAGAGAUGGAAGGACGCCAGGUCGUGUGCAGGGACUGGGUGAGGUGGUGAAGAUUGCUUGUGGUCAGGACCACUCUCUGGCUGUGUGUGCAUCUGGACACAUGUACUCCUGGGGGGCUGGAGAGGAUGGCCAGCUAGGGACGGAUCCAAUGUACAACAGUCACAGACCAAGUCAGGUGCCUGUGCCACUAGCAGUGCCGGUGAUUCAGGUUGCUUGUGGAAACUCACACUCCCUGGCUUUGACUAGAGGAGGAGAUGUCUUCUCGUGGGGUUUAAACAGUCACGGCCAGCUGGGUCUGGGGAAGGCGGUGUCACUGCAGUACACACCUCUCCUGGUGCGUGCCCUGAUGGGCGUAGCAGUAACCCAGAUAUCGGCCGGAGCGGCCCACACUCUGGUCCUCACACUCUCAGGCCAGGUGUACUGCUGCGGGGCAAAUAAAGACGGCCAGCUGGGGCUCAACAGGGUUGAUGAGAAAGGCAGGUUCAACAUCUGUAUGGUACCUGCUCUCAGACCUCUUGGUGUCUCCUUCAUAAGCUGUGGAGAGGCUCACUCUGCAGUGUUAACAAAGGAGGGCAAAGUUUUCACUUUUGGAGAGGGAGCCCACGGUCAGCUUGGUCACAACUCCUCUGCGAAUGAAGUGAGACCCAGACUGGUUGAUGGUCUGGAUGGACCGGCCUCACAGGUUGCAUGUGGCAGGCAUCACACUCUGAUUUUGGGCUCUUCAGGCCAGCUGUGGGCUUUUGGCAAUGGGGUCAAAGGUCAAAUUGGGACUGGACUUGCAGAGGGCAGCCUGACUCCUACUCUAGUACAACUUCCAUGGACCACUGACAGUGCAGCAGCUGUACCCACAGGCUUGAAAAUAGCUGCUGGGUGGAAUACAAAUUUCACUUACACCUCACCUACACAGAACUUGGAGCAACAUCAGACAACUGGGCGGCUUGAUGAGACAAAACUGAAAAAAUGGCUGUCAAUGAAACAAGGCACCACAGAGGCAAAGAGAGAAAUCUCCUCGAUGUUUCUCACAAGUUCAAGUCUUGUUGCGAGUUUCACAAAAGCAGAUGGGCUUCCAUCAGAAGCAGGUGCCUUAACUGUGGACCUCGAGGCUGCAAGCCAAGCUUUCGACCAGCUCCUGGCAAUACCAUGGAUCAAACAAACAGUGAACCUAAACUUCCUGAUCGAUUUGCUUGCGACUUCGAUGAAUGAGCUAAAAUCACCAGAAGUCAUCCUGAUUCUGCUGACAUGCCCCCUUCUUCAAGAGGACUCUAACGUCAUGAAAGGGGUGCUGCCUUUGGCUGUCAUUAUAGGAGAACUGAGCGAGAAGACUCAGAAAACACUAAGGUCCUUUUGGUCUUCCCUGACAUCCUCCAUGUUGAUGAAGCACAUCUUGGUGUUCAAAAAAGCUCUGGGUUUCAUGCUGAAAAACGGUCUCUUGGAAACUCACAACCCAGGAGUCAGAUAUCUGCUGGAGGCCCUCAAACUACUCUACAAAGCAAACAAAACUGGAAAGUCCUACAAAGUCCCACUGAGCACCUUUUACGUAGAGGAAAUCAUUGGAAAUGUGCAGCCGGUGGUGGACAUCACUCUUUGGUGGGAACUCUCUAAAGUGGAGGAUGACAUCAACACACCCGCCAUCUUCUGUCGCUACCCGUUCCUGUUCAAUCUGGUUUGCAAGGUGGCGGUCUUUAACGUCUUUGCGUUCAUAAUGAAGAAAGCACACAGUAUCGUUCAUGAUCUGGCUUUAGAGUGGCCUGAUGAAUUGUUGGCACAGUCUCUACACUCUGCUACAGCCCCCGUCUUCCAGCUAACUCUGAGACGAACUCACCUGCUGGAAGACACCUUCAGACAGCUCGGUGCAGCAGACCACUGCGCCUUCAAAAAGGAGCUUUUGGUGCAAUUUGUGGAUGACAGAAAGGUGAUGAUGGUCAACAGAAAGGACCUCUUCCUCCACCUGUUUGAUGAGCUGAUGGAUCCAAAGUCUGACCUGAUCAUGUACAACGAGAAGGAGACUGUGGCCUGGUUCCCUCCCAGGCCAAAAAUGGAGGAGAAGAGUUACUUCCUGUUUGGAGUCCUGUGUGGCAUGGCUCUCUACAACCACAACAUUGUCCGCCUGCCCUUCCCGCUGGUUCUCUUCAAGAAGCUACGCAAUAUCAAACCCUCACUGGACGACAUGAUGGAGUUUGAUCCUGUAACGGGAGAGUGUUUGCGGUGCAUAUUAGAGGACUACUCUCCUGAUGUGCUUGCAGACAUGGACACUUCUUUCACUGUGCCUUGGGCUGGUGAAAAAGUUGAGCUUGAUCCGAAAGAACCUGGAAAAAUUCUCACGGAUUCAAACAAGAAAGAGUUUGUAGAGGCUUAUGUCAACUAUGCCUUCAACAAAUCAGUGGAGCGAGUGUUCGAAGAGUUCAAGAGAGGCUUCUUCAAGGUGUGUGACAUCGACGUGGUGGAGUUCUUCCAGCCGGAGGAGCUGCAAGCAGUGAUGGUGGGACAAGAAAACUACGACUGGGAGGUUUUCAAGCAGAACACAGUUUAUGAAGGCGAGUAUCACGCUGCUCAUCAGAACAUCCUGACCUUCUGGGAGGUGUUUGAGAAACUGACAGCAGAGGAAAAGAAAAAAUUCCUGUUGUUCCUCACAGGCUCCGAUCGUGUCCCCUUCCUGGGUAUGGAGAGCAUCAAGAUGAGAGUCGCUGUCCUAAACGAUGCCACUGAAAUCCACCUCCCAGAAUCCCUCACCUGCCAUUGCCUUUUAUUUCUGCCCAUCUACAAGAGAUACCCAGUUGAGAGAACAAUGCGUGAGAAGCUUCUUCGGGCUAUUUAUAACAACAGAGGCUUCUUAAAGAAAUGAGACACCACAGGCUGAGGAAGUGAGGGCUAUUUUAAAAACAGUCCUUAUUUUCUGUUAGUUUGGACAUUUUUAUCGCUACAAUCUGCCAAGUGUAAUGUUUACUUUCCCUUCUAAAUAUAGACUCUUCAAAAGUUUAAUGUCGUAAAUUAAGUUCUAACUAGGAACUGGGCGUGUGGGGUGUGUUCAUUAUAACUGCCUUCAUUUGAAUUCUUGUUGGUUUAUAGUUUUUACAUUGAGUGCAGUUUAGAGGAAUUUAACUGUUAUGAACUAUUACAAGUAGAAAGUAUGAGAAAAGAGACAACAAGAAAAGAAAUAAUAGUCUGAAAUCCUGCAUUUGAAAAUUAGUUAUUAAGUAUUCAGAUGAUUUCUGUAGCACUGAGAUGAUAAUUUCACUCACUGACACUUUGCAUCAUGACAUUUCUAGCAUUAAGUACAGUUAUAAAGUUAUAUACAAGCUUAAAUCUUCAUAUGUUUGUCAUUUAAGAAGGAUAGCAAUACAAAAAUGUGUAUUAUUCAGAAAAUUCACUAUUUUACUGCCAUUUGUAGCUUAAUAUCAUGUUAAUCCUGUUCAAUGUUCUUCUCUGCAAUAUUGUAGUUUAUUAUCAAGUUGGAAAUAAAAUUAUUUUAAAUCAUG